CUCUCAUUCUGUGCUUCUCUUUUUUUCGAAUUGAAGCUAUCACUAUAACAAAGUAACAAACAAAUGGUGUUAAAAAUAAUGAAGAUUUCGUUAAUAUAGUACACCAGAAAGGGAUGAUGAUCAAGAAUCAAGAUGCCUUGUCACUUGUCAGUUUGCCAAUAAAUAUUAUUUAGCAAUGACUAUAUUCAUUGGUUUGACCAAUUCUACCCUUCUUUGGGUUUAGGAUUACGGUGUCUGGAUCCAAUUGCAGCAAAGGAGUGACAUCAUCGGCAGAAUCAUUGAUGUCGACCCUUAUUAUCAUAAUUUGCUGAUAGUAACGUGAAACUAAUAGAAAUAAUAAAUAAUUUUAUCACUUUUUUAAUCCAACCCGCGUUUGCGCUAUAUAUUACGUAUUCUGAUAUGAGAAAUAUUAGUCUAUCAUAUCACGAGUCUGAGUCCAAUGGAUAAUACUAUUGUUCUCUUCACACUAAGCUUUCUUCUUGUAUCUUCAAAUGGCAUCAUGUCACAGCAGAAUUAUUCAGGAAACUCAGUACUAAAUUGCAGCAACAACGACGCAGAGGGUCCUUCUUCAGAUUUCCUAUACACCUGCAAUGGAUUCCAAAAAUCUUGCUUAGCCUUUCUCAUAUUCAAAUCCCAAACUCCUCACAACACCAUUGCCACAAUCUCCAACCUCACUUCCUCAAACCCAGAGGACCUUGCAAGGUUCAACAACGCCUCUCAUUCCACACUGUUCCGAACCGGCAAAGAAGUCAUUGUCCCUCUCAAUUGUUCUUGUCCAACCAGAGAACAUGAUGAUGAUUAUGAUGAGUACUAUCAAGCCCAAACCACAUACGUUCUGCCAAAAGAUCCAACAUAUUUUACAACAGCAAAUGAUACCUUUCAGGGAUUAACCACGUGCGAUUCUCUCCAGCGUUACAAUACUUAUGGGGUUCUUGAUUUGCAUCCUGGCAUGGUGUUGCACGUGCCCCUCAGAUGCGCUUGUCCGACGGCGCGUCAAGCCGGUAGCGGCACCAAGUAUUUGCUGACCUACUCGGUUAAUUGGGGUGAUAACAUCUCUAAUAUCGCAGCACGGUUCCAUGUCAACGCAAGUAGUAUGGUUGAUGCCAAUGGUUUCUCCUCAGAAAAUGAAAUGCUCUAUCCAUUCACAACUGUCCUGAUUCCAUUAACAAGUGAACCCAACAGCACAAUAACCAAAGUUCAAAAUGGUCAACCACCUUCUCCAACUACUCUUUACACUGUAAGAAAGGAUAAGAAAAAGACAAAAAGAAAAAGAAUCAUAGUUGCUCUUACUUCCUCGGCGAGCUUCUUGUUUUUUCUGUUUGUCGUUUUAUCUCUAGUGUUUGUGCGUAGAAAGAGAUUAGAAAUUUUCUUCAGGGGAGAUAGAAGAGGCAGAACAAAGCAAGUGUUUUCAGAACAAAUACGUGAAGGGUUAGCAAGCAUUGAGCUUCUUUCCAAAGUGUACAAGUUUGAUGAAAUUAAAGAAGCAACUGAGAAUUUCAGUGCAAGCAACAGAAUCAAAGGCUCUGUCUACCGUGGGGUAUUUGGUAAGGAGAGGGAAAUCAUGGCGAUCAAGAAGAUGAAUUUGGGUGCCUCUAAAGAAGUGAAUUUGUUAGGAAGGAUCAAUCACUUCAACCUGAUAAAGCUGGAAGGUUACUGUGAAAAAGAUGGAUCCUUCUAUCUUGUUUUUGAGUACAUGGAAAAUGGUUGUUUGAGAGAAUGGCUUGGGAGAAGAAACAGAACCAUAGAACACCAAUGUUGGAGAAAGAGGAUUCGGAUUGCUGUGGAUGUUGCAAAUGGACUUGAGUAUCUUCAUAACUUCACAGAUCCUUGCUAUGUUCACAAGGCCAUAAACACUGAUAAUAUAUUGCUAAAUAAAGAUCUAAGGGCCAAGAUAGCGAAUUUCACUCUGGCUAAAGAAUCAGAUAGAGAAGUAACAAGCUCUUGUUCUUAUUACACAUCCCAUGUUGUGGGAACCAGGGGUUAUAUGGCUCCAGAGUAUCUUGAUUCAGGGAGAGUCACAUCGAAGAUGGAUGUGUAUGCGUUCGGAGUGGUGCUGUUGGAAUUGAUCACCGGCAAAGAUUCUAUUAUUGUGCAGGAUGAUGGAAGUGAGACGAUGCUUUCAUCAAUCAUAUUGAAUCUCAUUGACAAAGAUGAUGCAGAAGAGAAACUCGGUUUGUUCAUUGAUCCUAGUCUCGUGGGAAACUGUGAGAAGGUCUAUGCAAUUCAGCUAGUUAACCUAAGCCUAGCAUGCUUGGUUGAAGAACCUUCAAGGAGACCAAACAUGGCAGAAGUGGUCUCGAGUUUGCUUAGAAUAUAUACAGAAAUUGAGACAAGAACGUCACCCUGCCGCAUCAAUGACAGUGGAAGCACGGAGAGGUGAAAUCGUACUGCAUAUGUUUGUUUACUUAAAGUAAAUGUAAAAUUUUUAUGCUCUGAAAUUACUUUUCUGCAAAACAUGGCUAAUAUGUGUAAUAAGCAUUUUAGAAUCAUUAUUUGUACAUUAAUAUUUGAACUCAAAAUGUUGUCAAAUCCAUAAUUUUUUGGCUGUCAAAAUAAUUACUUACU